CUUAAGAUUGUUUUGUUGUGGGCGACAAGUUCAAGAACAUGGUUCAUGUAGUUUUGCGUUUUCGCAACAGAAAAAGAGUAUGGUAGAGGAGAAGAGAGCACCACAGAAACAAUGCGCGCCAUUCCAGUUUCCUCAGAAUCACGCUCAGCUUUUCUAUUCCCUCAACCACUCGCUUCCUUCUCCUCUAACUCCAUUCCCAUAACCCACUCCUCUCUCUUCUUCUUCCACCCUUUUCAUUUCAAGACCCAUCAUUCACUAUCCACUCCCAAACCUUGCUCCUCCAACUCCACACCCUUCUUGUGCACUGCUGCUUCAGAACCCGACCCCAUCACUUUAGACGAUGUGGGGCUUGAAGAGUCGGAAGAGUCCUUAGUUGAGGAUGGGGUGUGCAUAGAGGUGAUGAAACUGGACAAGAACUCGCGCAGAAUCGAAUCCAGAAUUUCCAUUGAAGCUUCUCUUUCUUCCGUUUGGAACAUCUUGACCGAUUAUGAGAGAUUGGCUGAUUUUAUCCCUGGCCUUGCUGUCAGUCAGUUGCUCCAAAAGGGUGACAAUUAUGCCCGUCUUUUGCAGAUCGGACAGCAAAAUAUAGCAUUUGGGAUAAAAUUCAAUGCUAAAGGAAUUGUAGAUUGUUAUGAGAAAGAAUUGGAGACUCUUCCUACUGGUAUUAAGCGUGAAAUUGAAUUCAAGAUGAUUGAAGGAGAUUUUCAACUCUUUGAAGGAAAAUGGUCGAUUUUGCAGCAUUUGAACAGCGAAAAUUGUGAGCAGUCUCAAGUCCGAGAAGUUAGUACAACUCUCUCAUACGUUGUUGAUGUUAAGCCGAAGCUGUGGUUGCCUAUUCGUCUCAUAGAGGGUAGACUUUGCAAUGAGAUAAAAAUGAACCUUGUAUCUGUCAGGAACGAAGCUCAAAAAGAACGAGUUGUGUAAUUAAUGGAUAUAUUGUGGAUCAUACAAAAAUGAAUACAAGUCCAGUUUACUCCUCUUUGCUCAUUUGGUAAA